AUGGAAAGUAGGAGUUGGGGCGUUGAACUAUGGGAUCAAAUGGAUUUUCUCCUUCAAUUUGAAAAUGAUCAGCUUUCAUUACAUGAUCACCAUUUUCGACUUCUCUGUGAGAUACAAAAGUUGAUCGUUGAUUUUGGGAAGAAAUACCGCAAAACUGUAUCUAGCUUUGUCCCAAAAAAGAAAGCAGGCUCAUCAAUUGAUUCAAAGCUGAGCUACAAUACGGUUCUCACGGACUCCCUAGCCUCCUUCCUCGAGAUGGGGAUGGCAUUUGAGAACUAUGGAGCCGAAUUGCAAAAAUCCGUAAUAAUGCCGCUGAAGGCAGAGUACGAUAGGGAACGUAAAGUAGCCGAUAAAGUUACCACCGACUACACAAACUAUAAUACUCAACGCGAAAGGGAAAAGAGACGCCUUGAGGAUACAUGGAGGACCCAUGUGAACGCGCUGAAGGAGAAGCAAAAGGCGGAAACUGUAAACACUCAGGCUCGGGAAAACCCUAAUAUCACUCCAGAAGAGAGACAAAAGGCCCAGAACGCAUUGGCAGCAAAGAAGGACGCCUUCAUAGAGACGCAGCACACAUACGCCUCGGAGAUGGCCAAGUUCAAUGACAAGCAGCGUCACCACUUCACACACAACAUUCACGUGCUGAUUGCCGACUUGGAGACGAUCGACCGCCAGCGCGCGAGAAUCACGAAGGACCUACUCACAAAAUGCUCAGAGAUUGGCGAGGGCCUCUCCAAGCAGCUCGUUGACUCGACCGUUGCUCUGCGUAAAACCGCCUUGCGUAUCGAUCCUGAGGAGGACUGCAAGGUGGUGCUGGAGGCCAGAAAGACGGAAUUUCUCUUCCCCGUAGAUCUACCCUUCUUGAACCUUUCACAGUGUACUCAGGCCACCCUGGAUAACCCAUCGGCGCUGUUAAGCCUCAUGCUGGGCUCCUCAAACGGUUUCGCGACCAGAGCCAAUCCUGAGAAGGUCUCCAAGGGCAUUCACACCCUCUUCGGGAAAUCCAAGACUCAGUCUUCAGACGGAAAUGUUUUGCAAACGCCUUUUAUCGCUGGCAUUGGCUACAAACCUGUCAAGGAGUCUGAAAUGACUGUGAUCCAACUAGAUGAUCGUAUCAAAACUCUCAAGUCAAGCCUGGACAAAGUUCAAGGCUCUAUAGAGGCGACACAGCGCUUGUUGGACUCCUGCCGGGACAAUCCCAAGCUGGCCAACGCGCAGGACGCGGAGGAUACCAUCGCAAAACUGCGCCGCCAGACCUUCUCACUCAGCGACCUCAUCAAGCGUCUUGAGUCGCGUUACAACUCGAUGGGAGGGGAUCAGGCGCUGGCGGAGGCGCAGAGCUCCCUGGAGUGCACCAAUCCCUACGGUAUCUCCAGCCCGACUGACAAAUCCCGUCAACCCUCUUCCAUGCCCAGACGCCCUACCCGUGCUGGGUCAUCUGCUUUCGAGUUCGAUUCGGAUGUGGACGAGUCUGCCACACCGGCUUCCCAAGGCUUCGGUGAUUACGUCGGUCAGGCUACUCUGAAGUACGAUUGUGAGGGAAACAGCCAAGGCUGUAUCUCAGGCAAGGCGGGUGAAGCUUUCUACGUUCUAGAGGUGGACAACGACGGUUCCGGCUGGACGGCAGUUGUGAGUGCGGACGGUUCCAGACAGGGUUUUCUACCGACCACUCACCUGAGCAUCACACUCUAUUGA